AUGUAUAUGCAAAUAUUUGAUAAAUAUUCAAAUAAAUCAGUUCACAAUUUAAAUCUUUUAAAAUUUAUAAUAAACAGUUCAAAUUUAUUAGCAUAUAAAAUCUUCAACCCAACCAAGCAUCAAAUAGAACAAAUAAUAAAUGAUAACAACACUUUACAAUACUUUGAAAUUUCAAAUUAUUUUCAGUUUAAACUUUUAAAAUAUGUUAUAAAUAAUAAUAAUCUACAAUCCAUCAGUUUUACAAUCAAUUUAAAUCAAUUCAAAAUUUUUAAAGAUAUAAAAUUAAAACAACUUUUAAAAAUGCUCACAUUUAUAUUAGAACCAAAUAGUAGUUUAAUAGUUGAAUCUUCACCGGGUCCAGAAAUUCUUAAAGAAAAAAAACAAAUGUUUCAAAUAGAUAAAAUCGAAUUUCAAACAUUUUAUAAAAUCAUUUAA